AUGGGUGACGCUCUUGGGCUCCAAGCCCUCCAAGGAGCAUACAGGGAUGCCAGCACAAGCCCAACAGAUGUUAUCAGGAGACUCUACCCACUGCUGGCCCAGGAAGAGGGCAUGUUCAUCACCCUCGCAUCACUGGAGAGCUUGCUGGAACGCUGCAGGAUCUUGGAGGUUCUACCUCCUGCAGCACGGGGUCCGCUGUACGGCGUGCCCUUUGCAGUAAAGGACAACAUCGAUGUCGCGGGGUUUCCGACAACAGCAGCCUGCGAGGCCUACAGAUACACCCCCAGCCAAAGUGCACCAGGCGUGGAGGCUCUGCUUGAGGCUGGCGGCGUCAUGGUUGGGAAGACAAAUCUCGACCAAUUUGCGGCGGGAUUGGUGGGAACUCGGACCCCCUACGGAACGGCGCGCAACCCCUUUGAUGAUCGAUUUCUCCCCGGGGGAUCCUCAUCCGGCUCUGGCGCCGCUGUCGGCUGCGGGCUCCUGACCUUCGCCCUUGGCACAGACACCGCUGGCUCUGGGCGGGUGCCGGCGCACUUCUGCGGCUGCGUUGGCAUAAAGCCGACGGUGGGCCGUGUGUCGUCGACGGGAGUGGUGCGUGCGUGCCGGGCGCUCGACUGCAUCUCCGUCUUUGCACGUUCCGUCCCCGAUGCAGCCGAGGCCACCCCGCCAUCCACCCCCGGGCAAUCCGCGCCGGGCUCCCCGGGCGGGCUGCCCAAUGGGCACGCGGCGCCGCCCAACGGGCACGCGGCCAAGCCCAGCUUCCGUUUUGGCCUGCCCGACCGCAAGUACCUCAGCUUUGCCGGGCCCGGCGGCGACGCCUUUGCACUGGUUGCUGCUGCAGGCUAUGAGAGGCUGUACGGGGAGGCGGUGCAGAUGCUGCAGCAGUUGGGGGGCGUUACUGUGCCCAUCGACUUUGAGCCGUUUGCAGCCACUGCUAACCUGCUCUACACAAGCGCAUUCCUGGCCGAGCGAUAUUCUGGCGUCCGCACGUUCCUCGAGGCCGGCCAGGUUUGUUGCAAGGGCACCCCAACAGAGGCCUCAGUGGCAGGGGAUGCGCGGAUGGAGAGGGUGACCGGGGCGAUCAUGGCGGGGUCGCUACGCUAUUGCGCGGUCGAUGUUUUCGACGCGUUAACGACCCUCAAUGAGCUUAAGGGGCGCGCGCGAGUGGAGCUCGCCAAGGUUGACUUCCUGCUCGUGCCCAGCGCAGCACACCACUACACCGUCGCAGAGAUUGAGGCUGAGGAGAAGCAGGCGGAGGCGGUGUCGUGGCCCAAGAACGCGAAUUUGGGGCGCUUCACCAACUUUGUUAACCUUAUGGACAUGGCCGCCAUUGCAGUCCCCAGUGGAGUGCUGCACUGCGAGGAGCCUAGCGCAGCCAGCGACCCCACAGGCGAGGUGGCGCGACGGGCGGCGCUGCUGAGGGAGACGGGCAAUUCGCGGCCGGUGCUGCCGUUUGGAGUGACGCUGAUUGGCGCUGCCUGGAGCGACGAAUCCCUCUGGGCCGUGGCCGAGCGCUUCCACGCUGCCACCGGCCUCGGCUGCGGCCCCGAUGGCUUUGGCGUCAAACCCUACCGUACCCCCCGCGCUGCCUGAGACGGCAGGGAUCAAAUGUCAAACCUUACCGUUGCUGCUUUUCGGCCUGAGCCAGCUGUAGCCCCGACGGUUUUGGCGUCAAGCCCUAUCAUGCCUCCCCGCGCAGUCUGAACGGGCAGGGGUUUAAUGUCAAACCCUAGCGCUGCCCUCUAAAUCGGCUGCGGCUCCAACGGAUCUGACAUAGCAAAACACCCCCAAGAAAAUAAAAAAGUGUCAAGGCAUGGUUGAGAGUUGAAGUUGGGGCUGUCGGGGUUUGGGAGUCAAUGCAGCAUCCUCAAAAAUCUGUGUAAUGGUGGGGAGAACACUGUCAAAGUUUGUGGAUUUCAAUUUAUGUAGCAGUUGAGGAUGGUCCCAUAGCCUUCAGGGCCUGCAAUGUGUCUCAGUGAUCAUGCAGUCUCUGACACACAUUGCAGUGCACAUGUGAGAAAAUGGUGGCUGUACCGUCAUGUACUGCAGUGAGCACAGCUGUGCGGAUAUGUUGAUGAUAGGACAUAGCAUAAGAACUGGACCGUUGUGGUGUCCCCAUGAGGCCCUGUGCAUGGGCUGUGCCUUUGAAAAACAAGUACGACCGAAAGAUGUCUUUCUACGCAGCUCUUUUUACGAGACACAUUUUGGGAGGGGCUUGGGAUUAUCUUUGUUUUGUUGUCAUCAAGAGUGUUUUAGCGUUUAUGUGAGGGCUUGAGCUGGUGGAAUAUGUCUCUUUGCUGAUGAGCUGAGACAUCAUGACAACACUGUUCAUUGGCAUUGUUUGAUCAAGACUUAUUGUCCUCUUACAAAUGGGACUGAGAGGUUCCGACAUGAGAGGAUGCGAGAUGACGAUUUGCCAAAUCAGCAGGUGUUACCUUGGUUUUGUAGUUAGUUGUAGCCUGCAUUUGAGAUGACUUUGCUCCAACACGUGCAGCCACAUGCAUGUGAUCUGCUGUAGCAAUAACGAUAUUUGCUAAAGAUGUAGACAGAUAAUUAUAUUUUGUUGCAAAGUCUGUAGUAGAUGAUCGUUUCUUUACGUGUGCGAUCUAUUAUGCUUCAAGCAUUCUACUUCAAGCAAAGUUUGCUUGUUAUGUUUUGACCACUGGGCAGGUGGAUUACCAUAUAAGAGGCUCCGUUGUUAUGAAAUUUGGCAAAGUGAAAUGGUAAGGAUUGGACAAGAGCUC